UGAGUGUAUUUUUAGAACCGUUAUUUUGUAUUUUGUUGCCUUACGGUGAAUUCUGGUUUCAGUUGCAACAUUCGUGCUACCGCGAUUAGACAUUCAUUAAAAAGUUUUGGGGUUUCGGCGUGCUACAUGUGCUACUCCAGAUGACAUUCCUUCCUGUUUGUAUGGAACAACGCGCGACGGUUUAGACAAAGAUUCAAAAGAGGAGUACGGAUUCGCGAGUUUGCAGUUUACGUGGAUGUUUGCGCCGACAGCGUAAUGGAUUUGAAAGAAAGCAUUGGAAAGUUUUGCGAUUGUGACUAGUGAUUAGUAAAAAGGAUUAUCUUCAUACAAUUAAAACCACUCGAUUAGUGAUAUUAGUGCUAAGAGAAAAACACUACACUUCUACGAGUUAGUACGAAAUGGCAUUCUUAAUCAGCUCGUAGAAACUCCCUAUCUUUGCUGCCGUUGUCCUGUGGGUUGAUAGCAUCACGGCGGAUAUCAUCAACCUGUCGAUAACUUCUGGAAAGUUCCAACGGUCAUUGGAAGCAAGCAAACAGACAUGACUUAGUGACGGCGACAGUUUUCGAUACACAAUAGAUAUAUAAAGAGUGGCAUUUACGUUGAGUUGCUAAAUUAUGUAACAGCAGAACGAACAGGAGAAGUCAAUUAAAGCGUGAAGGUGCAAUGAGAAACCACGGGUAGCAAAAAGUGUGACAUCGGCGAAAAGAAAAGAGACAGAGUAAAAAAAAGCAAUUGCUGAAAAGACCCUAUCCUGAGAUUGAGACACUUGCUCGGUGAAGACGGUAAAGGAAGAAAUUGUCAGUGACGGACUAAUUUUCGUGCGAAUUUUGGCCAGUAAAAGCGUUCCAAAAUUUACUCGCCCACGCAUUUUGACGCCUCCAAGGCGUUGAAGUUAGAGGACGAAUUUGCUGGCGGUUGCAUGACCAUGUCUAUGUAUCCGUCAGCAGAUAAAAUGAAAAUGAGCACCCCUAGCUGUUUCCCCGGCCGAUACAGUCCCACAUAUCGAGGACCAGAUCAGAUGCGACGCUGCAUGACCAACCCGUCGGGCGAUAUUUUCUCCGGUCUCAACGACGGCAUCCUGAGUCGAGCGGAAGCGUUGGCAGCCGUGGACAUUGGCAAACACCAGGGUAGUCACGCACACACGCAGAUGACGCAGCAGCUGAAACACGACGUCAUGUACCACCACAAUGGGGCACCACCCCAGAGGCCGCUACAGAUGCACCACACCAUGGAUGGGAUCGACAUGCUGGAUCCGUCCGGCUCGAUGACCACCCUAACGCCAAUGUCCGAAGCGCCAAUCACUUCCAGUCACCACCAGCUGCACGGGUCCUACCACAGUAUGAACCAUAUGAUGGGACACCACCACAGUGGGCCGCUGGGUGGCCACACGCCCGGUAAGUUGUUCGAAAGCACAACCACUUUGUUAUGUUCUUCAUACAACAAUGUAGCCUUUUCAGAUGGCUUCCUUGGGUCGCACCAUCCGGCGAUGGCCGUGGCGGUGGCCGCGGCUGGGCUGCAUCCUGACACCGAUACCGACCCACGCGAGCUGGAGGCAUUUGCCGAACGCUUCAAACAAAGGAGGAUAAAAUUAGGUGUAACACAAGCUGAUGUGGGCAAGGCACUGGCCAAUCUAAAGCUACCGGGCGUGGGAGCCCUGUCCCAGAGUACGAUCUGCCGCUUCGAGAGCCUGACGCUGUCCCACAACAACAUGAUCGCCCUGAAGCCCAUCCUGCAGGCGUGGCUGGAAGAAGCGGAAGCCCAGGCAAAAAACAAACGGCGCGAUCCGGAUGCGCCCAGCGUCCUACCGGCAGGCGAAAAGAAAAGAAAAAGGACUUCCAUCGCUGCACCAGAGAAGCGUUCUCUCGAGGCAUACUUUGCCGUCCAACCACGACCAUCCGGAGAGAAGAUUGCUGCGAUCGCGGAGAAGCUCGACCUGAAAAAGAACGUGGUGCGUGUUUGGUUCUGCAAUCAACGCCAGAAGCAAAAGCGCAUGAAGUUUGCCGCCCAGCACUGACCACCGCACCAAGGCGCUCAGUUUAGUGGCUUAGUGAAUAGUGUAACUACUUUAGGUGGUAACGGUGGUGUUACCGGAUUUGGUUAUUAAAUUAUUUAAAACAUUUUACUCAUCUGAUGAUAGCAAGGGAACCAAUAAUAAUCAAGGAAUCCUAAGUUUACUUUAUUUUGUACAUAGAACCUAUGACAGUAAAUUUAGCAUAGUAGAUUAAAAUUUUAAGUAGAUGCUAGUGAUACAAAAAAGCAAAAGAAAUACGAAAUUGUGAUUUCGGACAUGGAAGCGUUAGCAAUUAAGAGAGUCGAAAGUCGUGUACAGUCUGAAAGAAUUUUUAUUGUCAAAUAUAAUUAACAGUCCGGCAAAAAGAACUGAUAAAUUCAAGCAUGUGCAAUAUAUCAUUUAGUUUAACCAGAAGGAAUAUACCAAGUCAAAACCAUUUGGUAUCAUACUACAAUAUUUCUAUUUCUUUUCUAAACGUAGAAGAAUUAAGCGAACUUGCUGUAAAUACCUUGUACUACGCAACGGAUGAAACACACACACACACACAAUUGUCGCAAAAACACCAAAAGUGCUGAAAAAUGUAACACUUGCUGAAUCAAACAGCUCAGCAAUAGAUUGGUAAUGGAUACAUGAAGCCUGCAUCGUUAACUUCAAACUUUUUUUUUAUUUAUGUUAAAAUUAUUGUUUUGACAUAUAGUUAAAUAGAAACGUUCAUUUCGGCAAAUGUAAAGAGAAAUAAAUAAAAAUAAAUAUUUUCGGGAUUAGAAGAGCUGGUACGAAUAUGGACUAUCUUGGAAGAAUCCAUGUUAUUUGUUACAAUAUUUUAAUUUAUUUACAAAAACUAGGCAGGCUGUGUAUUUAUUUUUGCAGCGUUUUCGAAACGUGCUUCAUGGUGAGGAGUCUAACCAGCAGAAGUUUCUGUUCGUAUACAAGUGGUUGAGCGCAAGUGUUAUCGUUUAACUGACUUCACUUCUUGGUAGAGAGUAAAUCGAACAGAGAGCAAGCAAUUAGGCGGUAAAGGUAUAUCUCCUAAGGCACAAAAAAUAAAAAUAAAGACAGAGACGAAAAGGCGAUUUGUGUGAACAAUAAAUUGAAUCUGUAGUAAAAGGCAAUAGUGUAGACUUACGUAGGAAGAAAUAAAUUAAUAAAACACUGAUUUAAAACGA